UGGAGGCAGAUGAAAGACGAUUCAAUUAGGGUGCAGCUAGCCAGGAAUCCACAGAUGUGCUGGGUUUCCUCUGCAUUGUGUUUUCUCUGGAAGGAGAAUCACAGAGAAGCCAAAAGUCCCUAUCGGAGUCAACUGAAAAUUCCAGAUACAGGAAUGAAUCCUUUUUUGUUUGCCAGGGAACGUUUUUAGCUCAACAGCUGUGAACCUAGGACUGGAAUCUAGAAACCUCUGCUAGGAUAUCAGCAUUCUUUGGACCACGCUAGGUGCAUUACCCAUUUGUUGGAGUCCUCACUCCUCACGGAUAAGAGGGUUAGAGAGGUGAAGCGAUUUGCUCAAAUAUAAACAGCUAGUAAAUGGCAAAGCCAGGAAUUAAAAAGUCCACUUGACUGACAUCGUUUCCCCAGCCACCUUGAAGCCCGAACACUGUGACCCACAGGAAGUGGGAAUUCUAUUGAGUUCAAGCAUCCUGCUUACCACCUGAGGGAGGAGGCAGGUGAGGAGGAUGAAGCCAUCAGCACUCAUUGCCCUGGAGCCUGAAGACAGGCAUACAGUUUCACUUCAGUGGAGGACAAGCAAUGAGAACACCGAUGAUUAACAACUAGACCUCUCUCUUCUGGAAACGAUCUUCCUGCAGUGGAAAAGGUGGUGAAUCUGACUGGAGUAAUCUACUUUCUCACACCUGUUUGCACGGAUGAUUUGUAUAGGAGGUCAAAGAGGAGAACGGCACUGCAUCCCUGAGGAACUUUCUGGAGACGCCUCAAUCCUACUGCUCAGGUUGCUGACCCAUCUGUCAACUUGGAAGACGCACUGACAGAAGGGCUAGAUCAUGGAGUCUGAGGUACUUUGGGCCUGGCCCGCAGCCAGAGAGGCAGUCUCCUACUUCCUGUCCCUUUUCUCUAGUCCACCCCUCUGGGGAAUCUCAGAUUCAAUCCAACUAAUACAUAAAGAGCCCCUAUUAUGUGUUGUGUGUUUUCACUCAUCUUUUCUCACAUUUUUAUAUCCUGCAGAGUGCGGUGCUGAACAUCUCAGAGAUUGGUUGACUUAGGCAAAGCCACACAGCUGUUAGGGGCUUGAACCCAGAGCCGAUCCUAAACCCAACAUUGGAGCACCCUCCUCCACUUUCUCAAAUCUUAUAGUUACAGAAAUUUAAAAUUGUCCCUUGACCUUGAAGGGUUUGCUAAUAAAACCAUCUAGGUUCUGAGCUAUGUUUUCUUUUGACCAAUUUUUCAAAAGAAAAUCUCUUCAAGGUUCUCACCUCCAGCAGUUAUGGAACCUUACUUCUAACCUCAGCAUUCUAAGCACACGAGCCCCCUCAAAUGUGCUGCUACCAUUGGGAUCUUCAGAAGGGGCCCAGGAGGCCCCCAUCCCUUUACUUCUUCUCUUUCCAGGUGACCAUUUGAGUUGUAGGAAGCUCAUUACAUGUCACAUAAUCUAGUCGAGUGGCUCCCAAACAUGGUUUCAUAGGUAGAUUGCAUCAUAAUCACCUGUGGCAGUGUUCUUAAAAAUACAGAUUAGCAGGCUCUCUCCCAAAGACUCGGACUCCAUGGGCCUGGAGUGAGUUCCUCUCGAUGGUUUUGAUGCACAGCCACGUCUGGGAGCUCUUGGACUGAGAAUGGUCAUGAUGUUGGAGUCUGAAGGUUUGGCCUGGGGUUACUACCAGUCCCGAGGGCCUGCUGUGCUCACUUGUGAGCUGAGAAUGAAUAAUUCUUGCCUUCAUACACCCUCUGAGGCAAUGUAUGGAAGCAGAUUAUGUCAUCAGCGUUAACACACAUGGUGAAAAUGCUUUACAAAUAAGAGCUUAUUUCUGUUCAUUCCUCUUCUCUACAGGCACAGCCAAGAGAGCAUCAAAAAUGUAGUAUAUCAGUUCAAUAUUUAAUAUCCAUCGAGUUUUUAUCCAAGGGGUAAAGCUGCUGUGACUCCUUCCUUAUAAGGAACAAAGAAUAAUCUCCUUCUUGAGAUCUCCUAGAGAUACCACAAGGACUGUGGAUUCCACCAGCAAAGUGGAUUGGGAGGCUGAGAGAGGAGGCCAGGCAACGCACAGUGACAGCUGGCCAUGGCUUUCUGGAAGGUGGCUGAGAGAUGGCAGUCAUGCUGGAAGUGAAUCAGAGAACAUUUUUCACCGGAUGCCAAGUCUCAGCGUGGGCCGAGUCAGAGUGACAUCUGGAAGUAGAUGGGUUUUUCACUCUUCGGAGGACGAUGACAGAGUCCAGCCAAACUCCAGUGCCCCAGGUUGGGGGUCCAGGAAUGGACUCAGGAGAGCAUCAUUUUCCUACCUACCCCAGGAGAUAGCCACCCACGACCUGUGCACUGAUGAACAUUUCACCUUCUCAGAUAGUCUUCUGUCGCUGGCUCCAUACAGCAGCGCUCGUGGGCUGAAGAGAGGAUGUGGUUCGGUGCUGCUUCUACAGGGGGCAUGUCAGGAAGUGCGAACCUACUGCUGUGGUACCAUGCAGCGGCUGUCAUUGGAGCAAGACAGAAAGGAGACAAUAGCAUGGACACGAACUGGACCUGCAUCAGACAGCCUGGGUGUCUUGUGCCACAUGCUUCUCCCCCAGACCCACCGAUGGGCUGUGUUUUGUCAACAAGGGCGAUGCUUUGGCCGGACCAUCCAUCCAUGCCCCUGGACUCCCGUCGUCUUUCUCGGCUCAUGUCAAGAACGCUUCGGCUUCAAUAUAUGCCGCUUUAAAACGUCCCAUCAGAGCACAGCAUGGGGAGGACACCCUGUCAUUCCACCAUCUCAUGAAUGCACUCGAAGGCCUUUGUCUCAUUGCUGAGACCUACUAAGUAUGGUAACAAGCCACGGUUACUUUUAAGUGGAGGCUCAGACGACGCGGCUCCACAGCUGAACUCAUCCGACCCUGGUGCCGUGGGAAGGAUGGCCUUUGAGAGUCGUUUUCUAGAACAUGUCGCUUGGAGGCACUGCUUUCUCACUCGCGUGGCUGGCCUGACAAUUCGAGUUGCCUUCCUUCACUAGAGAGCCACAAACCCUGAUUGUUCAAUUAAUUUCACAGCGAGACCAGCCUGGGAUUCGCAAGAGCUCCAGGAUCAUUUGUUAAGCGCUGCGCUUCACACACCAGAUAGCAACUAGAACCAACUUUCAAAGUGUUUACUUUUAUCUACCUUCACUGCUACCAGUUAGACAGCACACCGCAAGAAAGAUUUCAUGGAGAUCGAAGAAACAGCUCGAUAAGCCACAGAGAAUUCACUGAUGGGGCAUGUUUUUCUAUAUAAUUUAUAUUCUUAUACCCAUAAUUUAAGGAUCCUUCUUAACUCUCGGCUCCACUUUAAAUACAAUGCAUAGAAAAACAAAUAAAAGGGGCACUGUAUAUAUUUAACGUAUUAAUAAUCAAAGAAAUAUUCAUUAAAAUAACUGCAAUAUUUCUGUCCACUAACUUGGCAAACUUAUGUAUGUAUACGUGUGUGUAUACAUAUGUAUGUAUUUAUAAGGGAAGAGUUUGAGGAUAUGGACGCCAUCAUAUACUUCCAAUACAGGUAUAAAUAAGACAACCAUUGUGGAGGGCAGUUUGGUACCCUGCAUCCCAACCUUUAAAAAGGAAACCUCUGAGCCAAUUCUACUGUGAAUAAUUAACCUUAAAGAAAUAACCAAACAUGCUCAACAAUCUCUUGGCAAAGAUGGUAUUGAAAGCAUCAUCUUUAAAAAUAAAAACUGGAAAGAAAAGACUAACAGCAAGAAAUUAGUUUAAUAAACUGUGACUUAUCCCUUCAAUGAAAUAGUACACACAUGUCAAAAGUGAUUUUUCAGAAGAAUAGAUGAGAAAAAUAAUUGUUACAAGAAAAAAAUUACCUAAGGAUUCAGUAUGGUGGCUAUUUCAUUUAAAGUGAACAGAAACACAUGUAUAAAUAGAUAUUUCUAUGACACAUAUGUGUACAUAUAUAACAUAUGUAUAUAUUUAUACGUGUAUGUGUGUGAGCGUAACACACUUUCCUUUCUUCCUAGGCCACUGUCACUUAACUGGUUCCCUUGUGUCCACUCUAUGUCACUCCAGUUAAAGCAAUGAGAGUGAUGUUCUUAACCAGAUCAUGUCACUGUUUUGCUUUAAAUCUCUAAUGCCUUCUUUCUACACUUAGAAUAAAA